AUGGGUGCUACUGAAGUUCUGUCCCGCAAGUCCGGCGUCAUUGUCGGCGAUGACGUUCUCCGUCUCUUCGAGUACGCCCGUGACAAGCAGUUUGCUAUUCCUGCCAUUAACGUCACCUCUUCCUCGACCGUCGUCGCUUCUCUCGAGGCUGCCCGCGAUGCCAAGUCUCCCAUCAUUCUUCAGAUGUCCCAGGGUGGCGCUGCCUUUUUUGCUGGAAAGGGCGUUUCCAAUGAUGGCCAGUCUGCAUCCGUUGCCGGUUCCAUUGCCGGUGCUCACUACAUCCGCUCCAUUGCGCCCGCCUACGGCAUUCCCGUUGUCCUCCACACUGAUCACUGCGCCAAGAAGCUUCUUCCCUGGCUCGACGGUAUGCUCGAUGCUGACGAGGCGCAUUUCAAGGCCACCGGCGAGCCCCUCUUUAGCUCUCACAUGAUUGAUCUGUCCGAAGAGCCCGUCGACUGGAACGUUGAGACCACCGCUCGUUACCUCAAGCGUGCUGCUCCCAUGAAGCAGUGGCUCGAGAUGGAGAUUGGCAUCACUGGUGGUGAAGAGGACGGUGUCAACAACGAGGACGUCGACAACAACUCUCUUUACACCCAGCCUGAGGAUAUCCUCCACAUUUACAACACACUCUCUCCCAUCUCUCCCUAUUUCUCCAUCGCUGCCGGUUUCGGCAAUGUCCACGGUGUCUACAAGCCCGGCAACGUCAAGCUGCACCCUGAGCUCCUCGGCAAGCACCAGGCUCACGUCAAGGCUGCUAUCGACUCUAAAAUUGACAAGCCCGUCUUUUUUGUCUUUCACGGUGGUUCCGGCUCUGGAAAGCAAGAGUACCUUGACGCCAUUAGCCAUGGUGUCGUCAAGGUCAACAUGGAUACCGAUAUGCAGUUCGCCUACAUGGCUGGCAUUCGCGACUACAUGCUUAGCAAGAAAGACUACCUCCUCACUGCUGUCGGCAACCCCGAUGGCGACGACAAACCCAACAAGAAGUACUUUGAUCCUCGUGUCUGGGUCCGUGAAGGUGAAAAGACCAUGUCCAAGCGUGUUACUACCGCCCUCAAGGACUUCAACACCGCCAACCAGCUGUAA